AUGAAAUGUUGUAAGAAAUUUAAAUACUUUUUACCCAAAUAUAUUUUAAAUAAUGAUGAUGAAAUUCAAAACAAAUAUACCUUACAUAAAAUAUAUAAUUUGAAUAAUAAGUUUGGAUAUUUUUUAAAAUUGAUCUUAUGUCUACCCUUUAUUUUGAUAACAGUAUUAUGGGUAUUUUUAACCAUAUCUGUAUUUAAUGUUUGCAUAUAUGACUUAAUAUUACCUUGUAUCGCACCGUUCGAUAGUAUAUAUUCAAGAUCAUUAUGUGAAAAUGUUAAAUCAAAAAAUUCGAACGAUAAUAUUAAAGUACCUGUAUUAACAAAUAAAGUAUUUUCAUUACCAAAUGAAAAGAAAUUAACUGUAUCAGAAGAUAUAUGUGAUAAUAAUGUGAAUUAUAUUUUUAAGUUUAAUGAAAAACUGAUUAAUGAUUUAAAAAAAUAUAAAUUGUCUGAUGAUUAUGAACCAAUAACGUAUGUAAAAAACUAUGCUGUAUGUAAUAAUAAUAAUAAUAAAAAAGAUGAUAUUUUAGAUAGAAAAAUUUAUAGUAUAGGAAAAAAUGAAGAAGAUAUUAUUAAGACUAUGGAAAAUUUAUGGUUAGAAUUUAUGGAGAAUGAAAAGGAAAAAUAUUAUUUGUUAAAAGAUCGAUUAUAUAAAUAUAAUGAUAAGUUAAAAAUGCAAAGCAAAUGUCCAGAUGAAUAUUUUUCAAAACAAAAAUGGAAUAAUUGUAGUGAUCUUAUAUAUAAAGGUUCUAAGGAUCUUGAGGAAAAAUUAAAUAAAAUGUUUUAUGAAUGGUUUAGACAAAAAAAUUUAAAUUUAGAGGAAUAUAGAAGAUUAACCCGUUUAUGUAGAAUAGGUUGGAAAGCUUUAUCUAAUUAUGUAGAAAAGGCUUGUAAAGAAAUUAUUCAUUCUGAUUUAGAUAUAAUUAAUAUGAAAAAAGGAUUCAACUUGAAUAAUGGUUUAAAUAAUAAUGAAUAUAAGAAUAGUUGUAAAAAUUCACAUUUUAAUACCUCAUCUUGUAUUCAUAAUCAGAAAUUAGUUAAUUCGUUUGUAAAUUUUGAGAAUUCUGUGAGCUUCAAUUAUGAAGAAAGUCUUAUAAAUGCACCUUAUAUUGACGAAGACACAUCCGAUUCAUCCUAUGAAACUGCAGAAGAAAAUAUAAAUUAUAAUAAUAAUAUGAGUCAACCCCAAAUUAUAGUAAAACCACAAAAUAUGGAAAAAUCGAAUAAUAUAGAAGAGAGUGAAAAUGUUCAAUAUUUAAAAAAUAAUGGAAAAAUAAAAGAUAAUGAAAAUUUACAAGAUAAUGGAAAAGAAAAAUUAAAAAAAAAAAAUCACACUGAAAAGGAAGUGCAAACAGAAAAAGAAAAGCGUUCCAAUAAAGAAGAUAAUUCCAAAAAAGGAAAACGUACCAAAAAAGAAAAGCAUAGCGACAAAGAAAAACAUAGCGACAAAGAAAAACAUAGCGACAAAGAAAAACAUAGCGACAAAGAAAAACAUAGCGACAAAGAAAAACAUAGCGAAAAAGAAAAACAUAGCGAAAAAGAAAAACAUAGCGACAAAGAAGAUCAUACCAAAAAAGAAAAGCAUACCGAAAAAGAAGAGGAACAAAAUAAAUUCAAAAAGAAGGAUGAUUUAUUAGAAAUUAUGGAUUUAAUAAGAUUAGAAUCUUCAGAUGAACCAGAGAAAUCUAACAAUAGUGGUAAAAAAAAGAAAAAGAAAAAAAGGUUUUUGAAAAAAUUUGAAAAUGUAGAAAAUUCAUCUAGAAAUAAGAAUUUUAAAAAGAUCUUUUCUAAAAAUAAAUAUACCUUAGAAGAUGAAGUUAAAUCUAUUUGUAAAGAUGGAUUUAAUAAAAAAAAGGUAUUGAUAAAAAUAAAUAUGUUUUCCAAUACUGAUGAUAAUUUUUUGAUUAGUGAUGAUGAUACAAAAACAUGCGUUGAUAGGACAUAUUAUGAUUUAUUAAAUGUUGAACCAGAUGCAAGUUCUGAUGAAAUUAAAUAUAGCUAUCGUAAGUUAGCUUUACAGUAUCAUCCAGAUAAGAAUAUAAAUGAUCCUGAAGCAAAUGAUAAGUUUCAAAAAAUAAAUGAAGCUUAUCAAGUGUUAAGUGAUCAAAACCGAAGAAAAAUGUAUGAUGAGGGUGGAAUGAAAGCUACAGAAAAUAUGUUUUUUAUAGAUGCAGCUACUUUUUUUACGAUGAUAUAUAGUUCAGAAAAACUUAAUAAAUAUAUUGGUAUUUUAAAAAUAACAACAUUUGUUCAAAUAUUAUAUGAAAACAAAAUAUCUACUGAUAAAUUAGAAGAUUUCCAAGAUGUAAUAAAAAAUAUCUUAUUAAAGGAUCAAACUAAAAGAGAGGUUGAAUUAGCUGUUUUAUUAAAAGAGAGAUUACAACCAUAUGUAGAUGGGGAUGAAAAUUGGAUUGAUAAUAUGAGAAAAGAAAUUAAAGAAUUACUUGAUUCUUCAUUUUCUGAAUCUAUUUUACAUUCAGUAGGAUGGGUAUAUAAAAAUAUAUCUAGUAGAUAUAUAAAAAAAAUGAAAAGUAUUUUAGGUUUAAAAGCAGUGGGAGAAAAUAUGCAAGCCUAUUUAAGGUGUGUAGAGAAUAUAUAUAAGGGAAAGCAAACAAUAAAUAAAAUUAUUCAGAGUUUUGACUUACUUUCCGUUUUAGAAGGUGAGGAGCUUAGUAUGAAAUUAGGAGAUAUAAUAUGUGAUGCCUUAAGAUUAAUGUUAUGGGAUAUAGAAUCAACAGUUAAGGAUGUAGCUAAGCGGGUUUUACGAGAUGAAGGAGUACAUAAGACAACUAGAUUAAAAAGGGCAGAAGCUAUGUUAAUUUUAGGGAAUUUAAUGUUAGAGAUAUCUGGUAUUGUUGGCAUUGAUUUUAUAAGUUAUAAAGUGGAUGGCAUGAAAGUAUUAGAAAGUGCAUUAAUGAAUUCAAUACGAUUUAGUGAAAAUAACGAGGACGAUGAAGGUUGA